AAGCAGCAACGCCAUGCACUACUAGUAUAUAACAUUUCUCUUUGAUGCAAAUGCUAUACACUCAUAGAUGGCGCUUCCAAAUCAAAACGAUGCCGUUUAUACAUCAACAUCAGAUGAAGCCCUAGCAUCACCACCUCCUACUACACUUCCUUUCGAUCUCGUUGUUGAAAUCUUGUGUAGACUACCGGUAAAGUUUCUUCUUCAAUUCCGAUCUGUCUGUAAGUUAUGGAAUUCUCUUAUUUCUGAUCCCAAAUUUGCUCAGAAACACCUUUCCUUAUCAACCACUCACAGAAUCAACUCUGUCUAUUACUCCAUUACUCUACGCAAGUACAUUUUUGAGUCUUACUCACUUAACUCCAUUUUCUCUACCAUAUACACCAAUGUCACGCAGCUCGAGUAUCCUCCCAAUGGUUUUGAUGUAAAUUAUCAUCCAAACUGUGCAUAUUCCAUUGUUGGCUCUUGCAAUGGCAUCCUUUGCCUUGCUCUCUUUGAUCAGAUUUGUAUUGUGCUAGUGUGGAACCCUUCCAUUAGAAAAUUUAAAGAAUUGCCGAAUCUUGUAAAACCUAAAGUUCGGUGUUUUACAUCAUACGGCUUUGGCUAUGAUCUUGUAAACGAUGUUUACAAGGCCGUGGUUGUUUUUCGGUAUUCUGGUGUCAAAACUGAAGUGAAGGUUCAUACUCUUGGUACUAAUUUCUGGAAAAGUGUUGAAAGAUUUCCUUUUGGUUGUGUCCCGUGUUCGCGAUCAGGGACAUUCGUUAGUGGUACAAUUAAUUGGUUGGCUUUUAAAGAUGAGACAGAUGAAUCUUUUAUUGUUUCUUUCGAUUUGGGAACCGAGUCUUACCAAGAAAUUUUACAGCCCAAUUAUGGAGACAACUUAGAUUGUUCAUCCUUAGGUGUGUUGAGAGAUUGCUUGUGUCUAAUUUCUUAUCACGAUGUUUGGAUUAUGAAGGAAUUCGGAAACAAAGAUUCUUGGACUAAAUUGUUCGUUAAUACUGAUCCUGGUAGAUGUUAUUAUAGCUUGAGCGAAGUGAUACAUACGUUUUCAGAUCAUCAAUUCUUGCUUGAAGCUUCUCAUAGUCGGGCCAAAAAGUUGAUUCUUCAUGAUCCGAAAACUGGGAAUAUUAAGUUUAUUAAUUUUAAAAACAAGUAUAAUCGUAUUGCAAGGCCGGUAGUUUGUGUUGAGAGUUUAAUAUCACCUUAGUUUUAAUACUAUGUCACUUGAGCAUGAGAUUCAAUUGCAAUGUAAUGUUAAUUUUUGUUUAUGUUAUUAGUAUUAUUCUUAUUUUCCUAUUAUUUGUUGCUUAUUGAUACUAGGGGUGAUCGUAUCCGAACCAAUCCAAAAGCAAAACCGCAAAUCGAACCAAUCUAAACCGAAACCGCAAAAAACCGCGUUUGGUUUGGAUGAUUUUGGAUGGUUUUUGGACUGAACCGCACGGUUUGGUUUGGUUUGCGGUUUUUAUUUCUCGAAACCGAACGGAACCGAACCA